ACAUCAGAGUUUUGGCUUUGUUGCGAAAGCAGCUCAAAAUUUAACUUUUCUCUGGUGAACAAGUGUGCAGAUUGUUGACAUAUGUCAGUCCAAGAAAUCAAUAAACAUACAGUCCUCCCUCCUAUCAUUAGUAGAAGUGACAAGGAAUUUUUGGAAAGUAUGCAAAGAUACAUUAUUACAGAAACUGAAAGAGUGGGCUGUAAUGAGGAAGGACCUGCUGAUGAAUAUUACAUCAUAUACCGAAAUGUUUUUGAUAAGGUAAUAGAAUAUGUCACUGCAUACAAAUGCAUUCUUACUUCAAUCAAAAAAGAAUACGAUGCCUUUAUUGAGACACUAAAGAAAGACCGAAGAACUACAGUUUUCCUUCACAGAAGGCUUAAAGUUUUGGCAGCAGAGCCCAUGGCUUUGGUAUAUCAUAGGAAAAGAAUAAUCCAACUUGAAGCAAAGAUGAGGAUUAUUGAAAAUAAUUCCUCAAAGAUUCAAUCACAGAUAGAUAAAGUGAAAGAGCUUAGGGCAGAGUAUGACACAUCAAAAAUAAAAUAUACCUUCGUCAGAGAUCCUUCAAAACCUAUUCCAGGCAUGACUCUCCAGGAAUCGGUCAAUCUAGAUGCUCUCACUAAAUACAUGAAACAUCUUGAAGAUAAAUACUCUGAAAUCAAACAAGAUAUGUUGAUAAAAUAUGUGCCAGCUCAGAAGAAGGCUGAUUUAGAUGAGGAGAUGAUCGCGUUAUUAAAACGGCGAGAUAUAGCUGAAAACCUGAACAGAGUAUUACAGUUUCGGUUUAAUGAAUUACUCGCACUUGGUGAAUAUGAAACCGCAGCUUAUUUUGCAGCUAACAGUCCUAGAAGAAUUCUUGGAAACAUUGGUACAAUGAAUAAAUUGAAGGCUGUUGGAAAAUUAAAAGGAAAGCCUCUGCCAUUACUCAUAUUUUUUGAGGCCCUCUUUGUGACAAGUCAUGCUUUUAGACACCCUAUUGCUGCAGAUCUAACCCUGGAAGGAAUCAAAUGUGGAUUAUCUGAAAAACGAUUAGACUUAGUUAUCAAUUGGGUUACCCAGGAAAGGCUGACGUUUUGUGAGGAGGCUGGGGAUGUGAUUUGUGAUUAUGGGGAGCAGGAUACUUACAACAGGGCCAAGUGCCUGGCUUUAGCUCAAAUUAUCUACAGUGCAUGUGGCCUACACAAGAAAGUUCUUCUUUCCCUGUGUAGACAGGGUCAAAUUUAUGGGGCUAUGGAAUACAUACAUCAAUACAAGUACUUUACUUUUGAUGAUCUAAUACAGGUAAUAACAUUGUGUCCCCAACCUGAAUUAAUCCAAUGUCUCACUAAAGAGUGGAAUGGAAAACCACCACUUUUAUCUUUUGGUCUGGCCAUACUACAUCUAUUCUCUGUAGAUAUGAAAAAAGUUGGCAUCAAGCUACUUCAAGAAGUAAAUAAAGGUGGGAAAGAUGCAGUAAAACAUCUUGUGUUAGAUGAUCCAUUUUGCUCCCUAGAAAAGUGGCAAAAAAUGGCAGAUAUAUGUUUACAGAAUGGCUUUGAAAGAUUAUCUAAUGACAUCAUAACUAUCCUUCGAUCUCAGGCUGGAGUUAUUGAAAUUUUAGAAGACGACACGAUCAACUUAAUGGAACAUGUUUUUUGGUAGUUCUGUAUCUUAACCAACUGAGGGAGCUUGUA